AUGGGGAGCGGCAACCCCUGGCUAGCGGAGCUGCAAUCGAGGCGUGGUCGAGCUGCAUCCUGUGACGACCGCCAGAUGGCUAGCUACAAAGGGGGCGGCGACGACGAGCUGCAACAGGUGGUCUGGAUUGCUGGAUCUGGCUUUGCUGGAACAAGUGUUUUCUGCGGCCAGGGGUGGCGGCUGGAGACGAGCACCUGGCUGCACGCCGGCCUCAUCCACCUCGGCACCAACAUGAUCAGCCUCAUCUUCGUCGGCGUCCGCCUGGAGCAGCAGUUCGGAUUCUGGAAGGUCGGCCUGGUCUACCUCUUCUCGGGGCUGGGCGGGAGCGUGCUCUCGGUGCUCUUCAUCAGGAAUGGCGUCUCCGUCGGCGCCUCCGGCGCGCUCUUCGGCCUCCUCGGGGCCAUGCUGUCGGAGCUCAUCACCAACUGGACCAUCUACACCAACAGGCUGGCGGCCAUGGCGAACCUGAUCAUCAUCGCCGCCAUCAACCUGGCGCUGGGGAUACUGCCCCACGUCGACAACUUCGCGCACAUCGGCGGGUUCCUCACCGGCUUCCUCCUCGGCUUCGUGCUGCUGAUCCAGCCCCGGUUCGGAUGGCUGGAGCAGCCCUUCGGCGGCAAGACCAAGUCCAAGUACACGGCUUGCCAGAUCGUCCUCCUGGUCAUCGCCCUCCUCCUAGCCAUUGCAGGGCUUGCCGUAGGGUUGCUGAUGGUGUUCCGCUGGGUGAACGGCAACGACCAUUGCAGCUGGUGCCACUACCUUACCUGCGUCCCGACGUCACACUGGAAGUGUGACAACUAAUAAAAAAAAUAAGAGGAGCUCAGCUGUGGAGACAAACGUGCUG